AUGGCUAAAAUAAAAACAGUGAUAACACCAAAUCCUGGUGUGGAUGUGGAGAUGCUGGAUUAUUCAGAUAUUGCUGGGGCUAUUCUGUGGUUUGUGGUGUGUUGCAGGAAAAGUCGUUCCACUGAGGUGGACACCCACAGUGAGACAACUACAUUAUCUGAGGGCCCCAAUCGUACCCUGCUGAUUCAUGGCCCUGUGGAAUUCAAAAGAGGCUGGAGAAGGCAGAAGCGACACCUCUUCCUCUUCAGUGAUUUGUUGCUUGUGUCUAAUUCCAAGUAUAGAAAGACCUUCAAAAUUAAAGAUAAAAUACCACUGAACACCAUGUGGAUGACAGACUGUGAUGACACCAAUGCCAAGAGGUCCCUUGUUUUGGGCUGGCCCACCGUGAACUUCACAGCCACCUUUAGUUCUUCAGAACAAAAGGAACAAUGGCGCUCUUCCCUUCGAAGGUACAUCGAUCUAGCCAAAGAGAAAGACCACCCGAAGAGCAUUCCCCUGAAAAUCUUUACUGAGGACAUCGAGAACUGUGCCUGUCCUAUAAGUUUAACAGUAACAAAUUCAGAUACAACCAAUGACAUUAUCGACAAGUCACUACCAAUGCUCGGAAUAACUGGCUCUAAGAGUGAUUACCAGUUGUGGGUCAGUUCUGGCAAGAAAGAGGCCCCAUUCCCACUCAUUGGACAUGAACAUCCCUAUGGAAUAAAAAUGAGCCAUCUUCAAGCCACUGCACUCCUGCCACACCGCCUAAGGGGCUCCAUAUCUUCAUCCACUCUCCAGGAGCCCUUCUUACUGGAGAAGCCAUUCCCAGAGAUGGGAGGUCCGUUCGUCCUAAAGCCCAGGCACCCACUGAGGAGCCAGGAGCAGAAAAAUGCAGGCCAGAAGACAGGUGAAAAGAAAUGGCCUAUGGUGAACUGGGCCUUUCGGCGGAACCCCAGCACUUGCCAGGACAACGUGUGCAGGGCUCUACCAUCCCCCGAGCCAGGGAAGCUCUUUGGGGUUUCACUCAAAGAUGUUUGUCCCAGUGAUGACCUGCCCACUCCUCUCCGGGAUAUGCUUUUCUUUCUUAACCAAAAAGGGCCUCUGACAGAGGGCAUCUUCAGAAUAUCGGCCAGUGUCAGAGCAUGUGGAGCCCUCAAGCAGAAACUAAACUCAGGAGAGAAGGUGAAUUGGGAGGAUGAGUCGGUUUUCGUAGUAGCAUCUGUCUUAAAGGAUUUUUUUAGAAACAUCCAGGAAAGUGUAUUUUCCUCUGAUCUGUAUUAUCAAUGGCUUACUGUUAUUGAUGAAGGGAAUGAGGAGGAGAAAAUAACUGGAAUCCAGAGGCUUUUAGACCAACUUCCAAAAGCCAAUGUUGUUCUCCUGCGAUACCUUUUUGGGGCUUUAUACAACAUUGAACAAAAUUCUGCAUCGAAUCAGAUGACUGCAUAUAAUUUAUCAGUCUGCAUCGCCCCAAGCAUCCUUUGGUCUUCUACUUCCUGCAGCCCAGGACUGGAAAAUGAAUUGACAAAAAAGAUUUCUCUUGUACAAUUUGUUAUCAAAAAUUGCUUGAACAUAUUUGAAAAAGACAUCACUUCCCUCUUGGAGGAAAGAUCAAUGAUCACAGCAAUGAGUUGUGCUUAUUCAGAGAAGGCUUCAGCAUCCCAACUCUUCUCGCUGGGGCGCUUUGAGUUGCCGGGCGGGCUGGGCGUGGAGCGAAGUAGGUCCCGGCUCCUACCCGACCUACGCGUUGGGUUGGAGGAAGAGCGACGCGGCCCGGUCAUUGUUCUCCCAGGCCCGAGGAAGAGCGCCCAGGAUAGCAGCAGCUCUCACUUUCGGAAGAGCGAGGCGAGGCGCUCUGCGAACACAUCCAGUCACCUUUGCGCGCUUCCCAGGAGCCGCCUCGCCUCACAGCGCACCCCAGCGGCCGCGCGGCCUCCCAGCCGCGGCCACUCUGCUGCCGGAGAGUUCGCCUGUCGUCGUCACGGCCGCCUCAGGACCCGGGUACUCGAGAGUCGGCCGGACCCUAGGCAGACAGAGGGGCAGCUGCGGCCGAGCCCGCCCGCUACACCUGGGAGCGGUACGGAGCUGGAGGGACUGGGCGGGGCGGGAAGCUGGCCCUGCGCCUGCAGCCUCUCUGCCAGCCGACCGGGCCGGAGCGAGGCGGAGGGGGAGGGUCUCGAGGAAGUGUCCUGCUCCUCCGAGGGAGGGACCCUAGCUAGGGUGGAAAACCAGCUCCAGCGAGACGCGGAGUCGCGCGGCGCAGAUCAUGGAGCGGGGCGACCCCGGCCCCGGGCGGCCGCAGCAGCAGCGGGACCAGGACUCGGUAGAAGCGUGGCUGGACGAUCACUGGGACUUUACCUUCUCUUACUUUGUUAG